AUGGAGACAGGAAAUUAUUCAAUUGUGACUGAAUUUUUUCUGGUGGGACUGUCCCAAUAUCCAGAGCUCCGAAUUUUACUCUUUGUGAUCUGCCUCAUCAUGUACAUGAUAAUCCUCCUGGGAAACAGCCUUCUCGUUAUCAUCAUCAUCCUGGAUUCUCAUUCUCGCCUCCACACCCCCAUGUAUUUCUUCCUUGGGAAUCUCUCUUUCUUGGACAUUUGUUACACAUCAUCAACCCUCCCUACCAUGCUUUCAAUGUUUGUUUCUCAGAAACUACCUAUCUCCUUCCUUGGCUGUGCCCUGCAGAUGGUAAUCUCCCUUGGCCUCGGCUGUACUGAAUGUGUACUCCUAGCUGUGAUGGCCUAUGACAGGUAUGUGGCCAUCUGCAACCCACUGAGAUACACCAUCAUCAUGAACAAGGUGGUCUAUGUGAACUUGGCUGCAUGGUCCUGGAUCAUAGGCUAUGUGGUCGCCUUAGUGCAAACAGGCCUAACAAUGGUAUUGCCUUUCUGUGGUAGUAACGUCGUUGACCAUUUAACCUGUGAGAUCUUGGCUCUUCUUAAACUUGUGUGUGCAGAUAUCUCUGUAAAUGUCCUCUUCAUGACAAUAGCAAGUAUUGUUUUAUUGUUAGUUCCUCUCUUAUUAAUUUUCAUCUCCUAUGUUUUCAUUCUCUCGUCCAUCCUGGUAAUCAAUUCAGCUGAAGGGAGAAAGAAAGCCUUUUCUACCAGCUCAGCCCACCUGACCGUGGUCAUCUUGUUCUAUGGUUCAGCCAUAUUUAUGUACAUGAAGCCAAAAUCUACAGAUACAAAGGUUUCAGAUGAAAUAAUUUCAAUGUUCUAUGGAGCAGUAACCCCCAUGUUGAAUCCCAUCAUCUAUAGCCUGAGAAAUAAAGAGGUGAAAGGAGCGAUGAAGAAAGUGCUGAGCAAGUAUUUUCAUCUACGGAAAAUAUGA